UGGUACGAUUACGAGUGCAGUUUGUAUUGACUGAAGUACAUCCGUGGCAGUAGCCAAUAAGAUGCUGCAGCGGGUUUUGGCUCGGGAGAAUGUGGACGAGCGUCGGCGCGAGCUAUUUCGCUCCAGCGGCAUCACAACGCACCGGCAUUUGCUGCAGCGUUCUCUGUGGGAUGUCGCUCAUGCUGUGGACAUGUCAGUUCGCGAGACGGAGGAGUUGAUGACAAAAGUCUCGAUCCGAAUCGCCCCUGCAAGUCGUUCGGUAGCGACAGUAUUUCAGUUUCUUUCGUCGUGAGAAUAUUACAGAGGGAUGCUGAUGAUAAGCUACGAUUGCCUUGCUGCUAGGCCUUCGAUCUCUUUCUGGAAAGUGCCAACCAUCCGACAUUUCUGCGCACAGGACUGCCACGCAUCGAUCAAGCUUUGAAUGGGGGUCUGCACGGUCGAGCACUAUCAGAGGUGAGAAAUUGACUUUUCGAAGUAUGUUUGUAGCUGGUGAGUUGAUGUCGAGAACAGUUCGUUGGCACCGCAGGAAUCGGCAAGAGUCAAUUGGCCAUGACACUUGCAGUGGUGUGUGCCAUGGAUUACCCGAACAAUGGCGUCAUGUUCUUCGAUGUGGAGCACAAUUUUAGUGCCAAACGUUUGUUGCAGAUUACAAUUGCACGCAUUAAACUGACGCGAGCUGGUCAAGAAGCAGAUAAUAAUGAGCUGGCUGCCGCUGUCAUCAAGCGUAUUCGUGUCGUCAAGGUUAACUCUAUCGCAGCAUUUGUGUCCAAGUUCAAAGAGAUGGAAGAUGCCAUGCAUUCACUCAAAAUCAAGCUUCUUAUUAUCGACUGUGCGACAACGCUCUUCAUCAAGGCCAACGAUUUAUUGCACGAGCAGCGCCAGCAUCAAAUGUUGCGGAUGGCAAGAGACCUGAAGUUAUUCGCAGACACAUAUCAAGCAUUUGUCGUGGUCACUAAUCGUGCAACUACAGUGGAAGGUGGACUGUACACAAAGCCGCAGCUUGGCGAUAGCUGGGCUCAUUGCGUCACCACAAGGUUCAUCAUGGAGCGGCAUUCUCUCUGUCACGCGAUGACCAUUGUCAAGUCGUCCGUUGCAAGUUACGUCGUUCAGCCCUUCACAAUCAAGGAAGGUGGCGUAGAACCUGUAGAGGUUGAGGAUUCUUCUUCACGACAAGCACAUUUUGACGAGCUCGCCACCCAUGACGACUUACUAAGCGACCUAGCAAUGGCCACACUACCCAUGGUAGAUCCAGCAUGCACACUACGCUCAACACAGCAGAGUAACGCUGAAGACCCCGAUGCUACUCAACUCAUCAGUCAGAGCGAUGAAGCGUCUCAAUCACAACAAGAUCAAAUGCAAGAAACCGAAUCAAGCAGCUUCGAUAUCGUAUCCGACUCCAACUCCGAAGAGGAGCACGAAUCGUUCCACUGGGGCGCCGUCACUGAGGAAUAAGUAAGAAAAAAGCAGCAAAUACUAACGUACACAAACCCUGAUAGAUGAUCAACGCCGUGUCGAAACAUGGCGGGAAGCUUAGGAGGGUGUAUUUAGUCCGACGCACGUCCAGCAACUAGCAACGCUUACGCCUUAAGAGCGUAGCGGCGCUUGGGGUAGUACGACUCCUUCUUCUGCUGCUUAAGGGUCUUGAGCGACUUCUCGUGCUUGGACAGCUGACGGCGGAUAGCGCGCGUCUGCUUGCGGCGCAGGUCCAGGGGCACGUGCUUCUUGCUGCCCAGAGCGGCACGGAGCUUGGCCUUCUGGUUCUGGUUGUACACCGUCAGCACGCGAGCAAUCGACUUGCGCACCACACGGAUCUUGCUCAGCUUGGAGGCAGCGCCGCCAAUGACCUUGGCCACGCGGAGCUGGGCCAGCUCCUGCUGGUAGUCGUCAAGUUGACGGAGCAGCUCAGUCUUGCUCUUGGUGCGGAGCUCGUGCGCCUUGAUCUGGACUGUAGCCAAUCAAAACACGAACAUUAGCACCCUGUCUUCCAUCAAAUUCGGUCGGACAUGGACGGCGAGGCUUUUAAAGCGGACAGGCAGGUGGCGGAGACUAUAAUGCGCUGGUGUCCUGUGCUGUAUCUGUAUUGCUGUCCCCUGUAUCUGCGUUUUUGUCGCUAUUGCUCGACCCAAAGUCGGUGUCUCCACCUGCCCCUGCCUGCCUGUGCUGCUAAUGCCAUCGCUGUCGUCCGUCUCCCCUGGUUUUCCAAGCGAAAGGACCAUCGUCUUACCCAUUGUUUCC